CUGGAAUUCGUGGAUUACGUGUUCCACGGGGAGCGGGGCCGGCGGGAGACGGCGAACCUGGAGCUGCUGCUGCAGCGCUGCAGUGAGGUGCAGCACUGGGUGGGCACGGAGCUGCUGCUCUGCGAGGGGCUGGGCAAGCGAGCCCACCUGCUCAAGAAGCUCAUCAAGAUCGCCGCUAUCUGUAAGCAGAACCAGGACAUGCUCUCCUUCUACGCCAUCGUCAUCGGCCUCAACAACGCCGCCGUCAGCCGCCUGCGCCUCACCUGGGAGAAGCUCCCAGGGAAAUUCAAGAAUCUGUUUCGGAAGUUUGAGAACCUGACGGACCCCUGCAGGAACCACAAGACCUACCGGGAGGUGCUGGCCAAGAUGAAGCCCCCACUCAUCCCCUUUGUGCCACUCAUCCUCAAAGAUCUCACCUUCCUGCAUGAAGGCAGCAAGACCCUCCUGGACGGGCUGGUCAAUGUGGAGAAACUGGUGGGUUCUGAGGGGGGAUGGGGCAGAGGGACCCCCAGGAUGGGGGCAGGGGAGAGGGGACCCCCCUGA